GGGGCUACCGGCCAUAUUGGGGGCGCAAUAGUGAAUGCCAUUUGGGCACAACUUCCUGAGGUGGAGGUUGCGGCUCUUGUUCGAGAUCAAGAUAAAGCUGCAAGGCUCGAGAAAGCGUACCCAAGGAUACGGGCGAUCGUUGGCGACAUAAGGAAUGUGAACCUCAUAGAAAGCGAAUCCAAGGCCGCCGGCAUUGUGAUUAGUAUGUCGUACAAGGCCCCUGUCCAAAGUCCUGCCGCCAUAGAAGCAGCCCUCCGGGGGUUGGCCUUACGACCUAGAAAGGGCUUCUAUAUCCAGACGUCUGGUGCCUUUCUUGUUGGGGAAGACGCAGGCGGGGAAAGAGGCACAGACAUGCUAUGGAACGACGUACAGCAUAUCGAGCGCAUUAUAACGAUGUCACCUGACCGGUACCACCAGCGCACCGACCAGCUUGUGAGACAUGAAUCCACCGACGUGAAUGUUGCUAUUGUUUCUCCGACAGUUGUGUACGGUCUUAGCAAGUCAACUCAGAACCAGAUACCAAUUACGAUUCGCGACAUCGUAGCAACUGCGAAGCGGCUCUCAGCAGGAUUCACCAUAGCUCAAGGCAGGAACAUUUUAGGUUACGUCCACGUGAAUGACCUCGCGGAUAUCUACGUCAAAUUAGUCGCCGACGCCGAGAGAGGCAGCGCUUCUGAUGCGCGAUUGUGGGGUCCACAUUCUUAUUAUUUUGCGAACGGUGAAGAACUUACGUUCGCUGAGUAUAUGGAAGCCUUAGUCGAAACUCUCAAGGAGAGAGGAGUUAUAUCUACGGACGUCAUAAAGGAGAUCGGAGCUGAGAGCAACGUUUCAGAUUGGAAAAUUGUCAAUGCGACUGCUGUCGUUCAUGGUUACGGUAUGACUGUUAGGUGUCAAAGUGAGAGGGCGCAAACCUUACUUGGUUGGAAGCCAAGGGAAAAAAGCGUAAAGGAGACACUGCCAGAGGUUGUGGACCUCAUUUUGUCGCGCGAAUUAUGGUGA